AUGUGGGAUGAAAAUAAUAAACUCUCACUCACUCUUCACAAGCAGUAUCCAACUUGUGGUCUUUGUGGUGACUUCAACAGCAUUCCAGGAGAAGAUAUUAAUGAGCACAUUGACAAUAGUAAAAUUCCUGGUAAUUGUCCCAAAGCUGUUACCAAAAGCUAUCAAGUUUGUGAAGAUGGAGUGCAUCACUGUAACAAAAUUAUUGGAACCUACUUUGAGAAAUGUGGAAAGGUUGGCACUUUAUCCAACAACUACAAAAUGAUCUGCAUUGAUGAGUACUGCCAAAGUAGAGACAAAAAAUCCACCUGUGACACUUAUGCAGAAUUGUCCCGCCUCUGUUCAUCAGAUGGUCCCGGCACCUAUGUAUCCUGGAGAGACGAUCCCGAUGUGGUUUGUGAAAAACCUAGAUGCCCAGAAAAACAUAUCUACAAAGAAUGUGGUCCCUCAAAUCCUGCAACUUGUUCUAAUGUGGCUCCUUUUCAAGGCAUUGAAUGUGUGAGUGGCUGCACCUGCCCAGAAGGUUAUCUAUUGGAUGAUAUUGGAGAGAAAGGGAGAUGCGUGUUGAAGGCUGACUGUCCCUGUGAAUCUAAUGGAAAAGUGUAUCAGUCAGGAGAAAUCCGUGAAGGUUCUUGUGGUUCUCAGUGCACAUGCCAAGAAGCAAAGUGGUCUUGCACUAAAAUGCUAUGUCCUGGAAGAUGUAAGGUGGAAGGAAGUUUGAUUACCACCUUUGAUGGUGUUAAAUACAAUCAUCAUGGAAACUGUCACUUUUUGGCCAUCCAUGAUAAAGAUUGGUCUAUUAGUGUUGAGCUUCGUCCAUGUCCAAGUGGUCAGUCAGGAACGUGCUUAAAUAGUGUUACACUCCUCUUGAAUUCGUUUGUUCCAGUUGAAAAAUACAUAUUCAAUAGAGAUGGAACAGUCACAAAUGACAAGAUUAGAAAUCAAGGUUAUUAUUAUUCAGAAAAAAUACAGAUCUCCAAUGCAUCUUCCUCAUACCUUCAAGCAGAAACAUACUUUCAUGGAAAACUGCAAAUACAAAUUGUUCCUGUGAUGCAAUUAUAUGUUUCCAUGCCACCCAACCAAUUCACAGACACCGUAGGACUCUGUGGUUCCUACAACAACAGAGCAGAGGAUGAUUUCAUGUCAAGUCAGAAUAUAUUAGAGAAGACAUCUCAGGCAUUUGCUAAUUCUUGGGAAAUGAUGCCUUGUCCCAAAGGAAACACUGCUUCAUGCGUCAGUAUAGAAAAAGAAAGGUUUGCUGAAAGGCACUGUGGAAUUCUUCUUGAUUUGAGUGGGCCUUUUGCUUCCUGCCAUUCAGUUGUGGACCCUAAACCAUAUCAAGAGGAAUGCAAAAAAUAUACUUGUACUUGUGAAAAUAGUCAAGACUGCCUGUGCACGAUUUUAGGCAACUAUGUGAAAGCAUGUGCUGAGAAGGAAACUUACAUGAUAGGAUGGAGGGCUGGGCUUUGUGAUCAAUCUUGUCCAAGUGGCCUAGUUUUCAGGUACAAUGUUAAAACCUGCAAUAGUUCCUGCCGAUCAUUGUCAGAGAGAGAUAGGAGCUGCGAUAUGGAAGAUGUUCUAGUUGAUGGAUGCACUUGCCCUGAUGGAAUGUACCAGACUAAUGAAGGAAAGUGUGUUCCAAAAUCUCAGUGUGACUGCUACAUAAAUGACGAGGUCAUACAACCAGGCAAACUCAUCCAUAUUGAUGACAAUAAAUGCAUAUGUCGAGAUGGAAUUCUUCUUUGCCAGACUCCCAUUGAUUUAACACUACAGAAUUGUUCUAGAGGGGCUGAAUAUGUUGACUGUAGGAAUCCUAAGGCACAGAGAAGAGUUGACAGUACCUGUAGCACUCGGAACAUACCUAAUUUUGAAGAGAACUUGCCUUGCAAGCGUGGAUGCUACUGUCCUGUAGGAAUGGUUCGAAAUUCUAAAGGGAACUGUGUCUUCCCUGAUGACUGCCCAUGUUCUUUUGGUGGACAAGAGUAUGACCAAGGAAGUGUCACCUCGGUUGGCUGCAACAAAUGUACUUGCAUAAAAGGAUCUUGGAACUGUACACAAAAUGAAUGUCAAACCACCUGCCAUAUCUAUGGGGAAGGUCAUGUUAGAUCUUUUGAUGGAAAAAGUUACAGCUUUGAUGGUCUCUGCCAGUAUUCAUUUAUUGAGGAUUAUUGUGGUCGUGAAAAUGGCACAUUCCGUAUUUUAACUGAAAGCGUCCCGUGUUGUGAAGAUGGGCUUACAUGCUCAAGAAAAAUUAUAGUUGCUCUUCAGGAUCAGAAUAUUGUCUUGCAAGACGGUAAAAUCACAGCAGUCAAAACUACGGAAAGUAAGGAAUGUGAACUCAGUGGAAAAUCAUACUCUGUUCAUACUGUUGGCCUGUACUUGAUUUUGAAAAUUUUAAGUGGAAUAACCAUAAUUUGGGACAAAAAUACAAGAAUUUCUGUGUUAUUGGAUCCACGCUGGAAUGGCAAAGUGUGUGGUCUUUGUGGAAAUAACAAUGGCGAUCUUAAGGAUGAUUUCACAACGAGAUACUCAUCAGUAGCUGCUGGAGCACUGGAAUUUGGAAAUAGUUGGAAAACAAGUCAAGAAUGUUCAGACACAGUAGCUCAAACCUUCCCAUGUGACUCAAACCCAUACUGUAAAGCUUGGGCUGUGCGGAAAUGUGAGAUCAUCCGGGACAGCACCUUCAGAGACUGCCACAAUAAGGUGGACCCCAGUACGUACUAUGAUGCAUGUGUUGAAGAAGCUUGUGCAUGUGACAUGGAGGGGAAGUACCUGGGAUUCUGCACAGCUGUGGCGAUGUACGCAGAAGCAUGCAGUGCGGUUGGAGUAUGUGUUACAUGGAGGAAACCAGAUCUCUGUCCUGUCUACUGUGAUUAUUAUAAUGCACCUGGGGAAUGCAGCUGGCAUUAUAAACCUUGUGGUACACUGACUGCAAAAACAUGCAAAGAUAGAGUAAUUGGCCAGAAGUUUUCUGCAGUUUUAGAAGGCUGUUAUGCUAAGUGCCCAGACAGUGCUCCCUUCCUGGAUGAGAACACCAUGAAAUGCGUCAGUUUGUCUGAGUGCAGCUGCUUCUAUAAUGACAUCAUACCUGCUGGUGGAGUGAUCCAAGAUAACUGUGGGAGAAUAUGCUAUUGCAUCGCAGGAGAGUUGGAGUGCAGUGAAACUGCUCCUACAAAUUCAACAUUUACAGUUUCUACUACAACAGCUACCUCCAUACUAAGCGCUGAAGCAGCAAUUACACUGGUGACCAGUAGCUCAGGCACAGCAGCUUCCAUUCCAGAGAUUACUACAUCAAGCAGUAUUACCAGAACUCCAGUGCCUAUCACCUCCACAGCUGGAAGUGUGGGCACCACAGGAGCAGUGGGCCCCACCUUCACCAGUCCUGGGCUCAUAUCAGGGUCAACUGGAGGAUCAGUAAGUGCAACCACAGGUGCUGAAGAUGGAAGCACAAGUGACAUAGGCUUCAGAGCAGGGACCCCAGGAGUAUCAGAGGGUUUCACAACCACGCAUGGAAGCAAGAGCACAAGUGGAGACUCACUUACCCCAGGCACAACCCCGGGAGGCCAAGCAGGAACAACUGGAGGGGAAAAUGCUGCCAUCACUGGAGCUGCUGGUGAAAACACUUCUGGAGCAGCAGCUGGAGUGACAGAGACAACUAGACCAUCAACAGAAGAAUCAGCAACCACUAAACGAUCAAAUGAAGUCUCAGGAAAAACAGUACCAUUAACUGAAGGAUCAAGGACAACUGUGCAAUCAAUUGGAGUUACAGGGACUACUGGAUCAUCAGCUGAAGAAUCAGAGACAACAGUACCAUCAACUGGAGUGACAGGGACUACUGAAACAUCAACUGGAGGAUCAGGAACAACUGGAUCAUCAAUUGGAGUAUCAGGGGCUACUGGACCAUCAACUGGUGAUUCUGGGGCGACUGCAUCAUCAGCUUUAGGUUCAAAGACAAGUGAACGAUCGGUUAGAGGAUCAAGAACCACUGAGAUAUCAGAUGCAGUGGCAGGAACAUAUGAACCAUCAAUGAGAACAUCAGGGACAACUGGAAAAUCUAGGUCAAUUGGACCAUCUGUUUUAGGGUCAGAGACAACCACUCCACUAUUUGGAGCAACAGGAACUACUAUUAUUGGAAAAGGAACCAGUUUAUGGUCAUCUGGAGGAUCAGGGAUCACUGGAUCAACACGUAGAAAUUCAAUAGAAACUGGACCAAAUGUUGUAGGUUCAGAGACAAGUGCACCAUUAUCUGGAGCAACAAGGACCACUGUUAUAAGAUCGGGAACCAGAUCACCCUCAUCUGGAGCAUCUUGGACCCCAGGACCAUCAACUGGAGGAUCAGCAACAACAGGACAAUCUGGUGUAGGUUCAGAGACAAAUGUACCAUUAUCUAGAGCAACAGGAAACAUAGUUACAGAAUCAGGAAUGGGUUUACCCUUACCUGGAGCAUCAAGGAAACCUGGAUCAUCACCUGGAGGAUCAGCAGCAACUGGACCACCUGGUAUUGGUCCAGAGACAACUGCAGCAUUAUCUGGAACAACAGGAACUGCAGCUAUAUCAUCAGGAACAAGCUUAUCAUCAGUUGAGAGAUCAGGGACCACUAGAUCACUACCUGGAAUAUCAGGGACAAGUGGACCAACUAGUCUAAGUUCAGAGAUAUCUGUGCCAUUAUCUGCAACAACAGGAACUAAUGUUAUAGGAUCAGGAACAGGUUUACCCUCAUCUGGAGCAUCAGGGACCCCAGGAUCAUCACCUGCAGGAUCAGCAGCAACUGGACCACAUGGAAUUGGUUCAGAGACAACGGCACCAUUAUCUGGAGCAACAGGGACCGCUGCUAUAAGAUCAGGAACAGGUUUAACAUCGGUUUUAAAAUCAGCGACCACUAGAUCAAUACCAGGAAGAUCAGGGACAACUGGACCACCUGCUGUAAGUUCAGAGACAACUGCACCAAUAUCUGGAACAAGAGGAACUGCAACUAUAGGAUCAGGUCCCAGUUUACCAUCAGUUGAAGGAUCAGGGAACACUAGAUCACUACCUGGAGGAUCAGGGACAAGUGGACCACCUAGUGUAAGUUCAGAGAUAACUGCACCAUUAUCUGGAGCAACAGGGACUAGUGUUACAGGAUCAGGAACCAGUUUACCAGUAUCUAGAGCAUCAGGGACCCUUCGAUCAUCAACUGGAGGAUCAGCAGCAACUUCAUCACCUGGUGUUGGUUUGGAGACAACAGCAACACUAUCUGGAGCAACAGGGACUGCUGCUAUAGGAGCAGGAACAAGUUUACUUUCAGCUGAAGAAACAGGGACCACUAGAUCAAUUCCUCAAGGAUCAGGGACAAAUGCACUACCUCGUGUAAGUUCACAGACAACUGCAGCAUUAUCUGGAAAAACAAUAACUGCAGCUAUAGGAUCAGCAACCAGUUUACCAUCAGUUGAGGUAUCAGGGAUCACUAGAUCACUACCUGGAGGAUCAGAGAGAAGUGGACCAACUGGAGUAGGUUCAGAGAUAACUGUGCCAUUAUCUGGAACAAUAGGGACUAAUGUUAUAGGAUCAGAAACCACUUUAACCUCAUCCAGAACAUCAGGGACAUGUGGAUUGUCAACUGGAGGAUCAGCAGCAAGUGAACCACCUGGUAUUGGUUUGCAGACAACAGCACCAUUUUCUGGAGCAACAGAGACCGCUCCUAUAGGAUCAGGAACCAAUUUUUCCUCAUCUGGAACAUCAGAGACACCUGGAUCAUCUAUUGGAGGAUCGGCAACUGGAUCACCUGGUAUUGUUUCAGACACAACUGCCCUAUUAUCUGGAGCAGCAGGGGCUACUGCUAUAGAAUUAGGAACCAGUUUGCCUUCAUCUGGAGUAUCAGAAACCCCUGGAUCAUCACCUGGAGGGUCAUCAGCUGCUGGACCACCUGGCCUUGGUUCAGAGACAACUGCACCAUUAUCUGGAGAAACAAGAAUUACCACUAUAAGACCAGGAACCGGUUUACACUCAUCUGGAACGUCAGGGACCCCUUUAUCAUCUCCUGGAGGAUCAGCAACAAGUGGACCACCUGGUAUUGGUUCAGAGACCACUGAACCAUUAUCUGGAGCAACAGGAGCUGCAACUAUAGGAUCAGGAACCAGUUUAUCAUCAGUUGAGGGAUCAGGGACCACUAGAUCACUACUUAGAGGAUCACAGACAAAUGGACAACCUGGCGUAAGUUCAGACAUAACUGUGUCAUUGUCUGGAACAACAGGGUCUAGUGUUAUAGAAUCAGCAAGCAGUUUACCCUCAUCUGGAGCAUCAGUGAACCCUGGAUCAUCACCUGGAGGAUCAUCAGCAACUGGAUCACCUGGUGUUGUUUCAGAGACAAUGGCACCAUUUUCUGGAGCAUCAGAGACCGCUGCUUUAGGAUCAGGAACAAGUUUACCCUCAUCUGGAGCAUCAGGGACCACUGGACCAUCACCUGGAAGAUCAGCAGUAACUGGAUCACAUGUUAUUUUUUGGGAGACAGAUGCGGUAUUAUCUGGAGCAAAAGGAACUGCAGUUAUAGGUUCAGGAACCAGUUUACCAUCAGUUGAGGGAUCAGGGGCCACUAGAUCACUACCUGGAGGAUCAGGGACAAGUGGACUGACUGAUUUAAGUUCACAGAUAACUCAGCAAUUAUCUGGAACAACAGGGAGUAAUGUUAUAAGAUCAGGAACUAGUUUACCCUCAUCUGGAGCAUCAGGGAACCCUGCAAUAUCACCUGGAAGAUCAGCAGCAACUGGACCAGCUGUUGUAGGUUCAGAGACGUUUAGACCAGAAUCUGGAGCAAUAGGCACCACUCUUACAGGAUCUGGAGACAGUUUAACAUCAUUUGAAAGAACAGCCUCUACUAGAUCAAUUCCUGGAGGAUCAGGGAGAACUGGACUAUCAGUUGUAGGUUCAGAGACAACUGUGUCUCUAUUUGAAGCAACAGGGACCACUGUUAUUGCAUCAAGAGCCAGCUUGCCAUCAGCUGAAAGAUCUGCCACCAGUAGUUCAAUACAUGCAGGGUCAGGGACAAGCGGACCAUAUAUUGUAGGUUCAGACACAAGUGCACCAUUAUCUAGAGCAACAGGGACCACUGCUAUAGGAUCAGGAACUGGUUUACCAUCAGUUGAAGGGUCAGGGACCACUAGAUCAGUACAUGGAGGAUCAAGGACAAGUGGACCACGUGGUGUAAGUUCAAAGACAAUUGCAUCUUUAUCUGGAGCAACAGAGACUAAUGUUAUAGAAUCAGGAACUAGUUUACCCUCAUCUGGAGCAUCAGGGACCCCUAGAUCAUUGCCUGGAGAAUCAGCAGCACCUGAACCACCUGGCGUAGGUUCAGAGACAACUGCACCAUUAUCUGUAGGAAAAAAGACUACUAUUUAUGGAUUAGGGACCAUUUUACCCUCGUCAGUAACAUCGGCGAACCCUGGAUCAUUACCUGGUGGAUCACCAACCUCUGGAUCACCUGGUUCAAGUUCAGAGAAAACUGCACCAUCAUCUGGAGCAAGAGCAACCACUGUUAUAGGAUUAGUAACAAGUUUACCAUUAGUUGAAGGAUCAGCGACCACUAGAUCAAUAUUUGGAGGAUCAGAGACAAGUGGACCAUCUGUUGUAGGUUCAGAGACAACUGCACCAUUAUCUGGAGCUAUAGGGACAACUGUUAUUGUGUCAAGAACCAGUUUGUCAUCAGUUGAAGCAUCAGCCACCACUAGUUCAACACCUGGAGAGUCAGGGACAAGUCAACCAUAUGUUGUAGGUUCAGAGACAAGUGCACCAUUAUCUGCAACAACAGGUACCACUGUUAUAGGAUCAGGAACCAGUGUACCCUCAUCUGGAGCAUCAGGGACUCCUGGAUCAUUGCCUGUAGGAUCAGCACCAACUGGGCCACCUGGUGUAAGUUCAGAGACAACUGCACCAUUAUCUGGAGCAAAAAGGACCACGGUUAUAGGAAGAGGAACUAGUUUACCAUCAGUUGAAGGAUCAGUCACCACUAGAUCAAUACCUGGAGGAUCAGGAACAGCUGGGUCAUCUUUUGUAGGUUCAGAGACAGCUACACCAUUAUCUGGAGAAAUAGGGACGACUGUUAUGGGAUCAGGGACAAGUUUACAAUCAGUUGUAGGAUCAGGGAUAACUGGAUCCACAGUUGUACUGUUAGGAACAACUAGAACCUCUAUUGUAAGUUCAGGGACAAUUGAAUCAUUAUCUGGACCCUCAGAGACAACUGGAACAUCAAUUGAAAGAUCAGGAACAACUAGUUCAGUAUCUGGAGUGACAGGAACCAAUAGAAUCUCUGUUGUAAAUUCAGGUAUAACUACACUAUCAUCUAGAGCAACACUGACCCCUGAAUCAUCGUCUGGAGGAUCUGUAUCAACUGAAUCACCUGAUGUAGGUUUAGGGACAACUGGAUCAUUAGCUGAAGCAUCAUCGACAACUGAAACAUCAGCUGAAGAAUCAGGCAAAACUGGAACUUUUUUUGCAGGUACCAGGACAACUGGAUUAUCAGCUGGAAGUUCAGGGACAACUGGGCCACCAUCUGGAGAAAGAGGGACCACUGUUAUUGAAUCAAGAGCAAGGGGAUCAUCAGCUGAAGCAUCACGGACAACUGGAUCAGCAGGUGGACUAACAAUAACCACUAGAACAUCUGGUAUAGGUUCAGGGACAAGUGCACUAUCAUCUGGAGUGACAAGGACAACAAUAACAUCCAGUGUAGGUUUAGGGACAACUGGAUCAUCAUCUGGAGAAACAGGGACCACUGUUGUUGAAUCAGGAACAAGUGGACCCUCAGGUGAAGGAUCAGGGACAACUGCAUCACCAGAUGGAUUGACAAGAACAACUAAAAUCUCUGUUGUAAGUUUAGGGACUACUGGACCAUCAACUGGAGUGCUGUGGAAAACACGAACAUCUAUUGUAGGUUCAGGAACAACAGGACCAGCAGUUGAAGUAUCAGGGACAGCUGGACCAUCAUCUGGAGGAUCAAGGACAACUAGAACAUCAAUUAAAGGAUUUGGAACAACUGGUUCAUUAGCUGGAGUUACAGGAACAACUAUAAUCUAUGCUGAAAUUUCAGGGACAGCUGAACCAUUAUCUGGGGUGACUAGGACUCCUGUAUUAUCACCAGGAGGAUCAGCAUCAACUGGAACAAAUGUUGUAGGGUCAGGGACAACGGGAUCAUCAGGUGGAGAUUUAUGGAGAACUGGACCAUCAACUGGGAAAACAGGAACCACUGGAUCAACACCUGGAGAAUCAGUGUCAGGUGGUAUUUCUGCUGUAGGUUCAGGGACAACUGUACCAUCACCUGGAGUCACAAGGACAGCGGGAGUUUCAGAGACCACUCGAUCAUCUGUUAUAGGAUCUGAGACAACCAGACCUGCAGUUGAAGGAUCAGGGACAACUGGAUCAACAGCUGGACUGACUAUAACCACUAGGACAUCUGUUGUAGUUUCAGGGACAACUGAACCAUCAUCUGAAGUGACAAGGACAACAAUAACAUCUGGUGUAGUUUCAGGGACAAUAGGACCACCAUCUGGAGAAACAGAGACCACUGUUAUAGGAUCAGGAGCAAGUGGAUCAUCAGCUGAAGGAUCACAGACAAGUGGAUCAACACCUGGAAUGACAAGAACCACUGGAACAUUCAUUGUAGGUUCAGAGACAACUGCACCAUUAUCUGGAGCAUCAGGGACAACUGGAUCAUCACUUGGCCUGACUGCCACAACUAGCUUCUCUGUCGUAGGCUCAGGGACAAUGGAAGCAUCAACUAGAGAAUCAUGGACAACAAGCCCAGGAGAUGUAACUUCAUCAACCAUUGUAUUGUCAGCUGGUGCUUCAGGAACAACUAGACCUGGAGUAACAAGGACAAGUAGACCAUCUGUUGUAGGUUCAGAGACAGCUAGUCCGUCAUCUGGAGAAACAGGGGUAACUAUUAUAGGAUCAGGGUCAAGUGGAUCAUCAGCUGAAGGAUCAGAGACAACUGGAUCAACAGCUGGACUGACUAUAACCACUAGGACAUCUGUUGUAGGUUCAGGGACAACUGGACCGUCAUCUGGAGUGACAGGGACAAAAAUAAUAUCUGGUGUAGGUUCAGGGACAACUGGGCCACCAUCUGGAGAAAGAGGGACCACUGUUAUUGAAUCAAGAGCAAGGGGAUCAUCAGCUGAAGCAUCACGGACAACUGGAUCAGCAGGUGGACUAACAAUAACCACUAGAACAUCUGAUAUAGGUUCAGGGGCAAGUGCACUAUCAUCUGGAGUGACAAGGACAACAAUAACAUCCAGUGUAGGUUUAGGGACAACUGGAUCAUCAUCUGGAGAAACAGGGACCACUGUUGUUGAAUCAGGAACAAGUGGAUCCUCAGGUGAAGGAUCAGGGACAACUGCAUCACCAGAUGGAUUGACAAGAACAACUAAAAUCUCUGUUGUAAGUUUAGGGACUACUGGACCAUCAACUGGAGUGCUGUGGAAAACACAAACAUCUAUUGUAGGUUCAGGGACAACUGGAUCAUCAACUGGAGUAUUAGAGACAAUUGAUACAUCAGCUGAAGGAUCGAAGACAACUAGACCAUCAACUGGAAGAUCAUGGACAACUGGGACACCAGUUGAAGGAUCUGGAACAACUGGAUCAUCAACUUUUACAACCACAGGGGCCAGGAGGACAACUUGGGGGCCAGGAAGUGAGGUUACCACAUAUGAAGGUGGAAUCAGUAGAUCAGUAGGAGCUACCAGAGGUGCUGGUAGUGGAGGCCCAGUUGGAGCAUCAAGCUUUGGAACCACUUCUGCUGGGAACCAAGCAGGAGCCACCCCUGGCUCAACAAUUGCACCAGAAAGAUCCACUACUACUGGCUCCGAUAAUGCAAUUCCACCAGAACCUGUUGUAGAGGCUACAACAUCCAGAGAAGAUACUGGUACUGCUGGAAUUGGAUUCCAGACAGGCACCACUGAGGUAGUCCCUGGCACAACUGUUGCCCCUGGCAAUUUCAACACAGGUACUACAGGUAGAGUCUCUGGAAAAACUCUGGAACCUGGAAGUUACAACACAGAGGUCACCAUUUCCACGAGAAGAAGUGGGACCACCCAACCAGAACUUCCAGGAGGUAUCACCAUGGUUUUACCUGGAGCCAGCAGCAGUUCACAGAGUUCCAUGUCAGGUACUUCAGGAGAAUUCUCUAAGACAACCAUAUCUGGAAGUUCCCACACAGGCACCACUGAGGUAAUUCCUGGCACAACUGUUGCCCUUGGCAGUUCCAACACAGGCACAAUUGAGAGCAUCUCUGGCAAAACUCUGGGACCUGGAAGUGCCAACACAGAAGCCACAAGUUCCACAAGAGGCAGUGAGACCUCCCAAGGAGGACUACCAGGAGGCACCUCUGGCACACCAGGUGGAUAUGUCCCUGGAAGUAAAACAGGUAUCACUGGAGAAUUGUCUGGAACAACCAUUGCAUCUGAAAUUUCUAACACAGGUACCAGUGGUGUAGUCUCCAGCCCAGCUAUUACAUCUGGAAGUUCCAGCACUGGUACCAAGGGUAUGGCCUCAGGUACCACUGUUGAACCUGGAAGUUCCAAUAUCGGUAUCACCACGAAAUUAAAUGAUGGAAAGACAGUCCCAGAGGGUUCUAUUUCAGGAGCUACCACUGGAGUAUCAAUAAAUGAAGAAACUGGAAACACAUUAGGUACCACAAGGGUAGCUUCUGGCACUACACUUGAACCUAGGAGUUCAAACACAGGUACUACUGGAGUGUAUCGUGGUAGUACCAUUUCACCUUGGAGUUCCAACACAGGAGCCACCACUGGCACAUCUGAGAGGCCAAGUCCUGGAAGUGAAAUAGGUACCACUAGUGUAGUCUCUGACACAACAGUUGCAUCUGGAAACUCUAACACAGGGGCCACAACUUCUUUGGGAAGUGGUGAAACCACCCAGGGUAGAAUUAAAAUAGUUACCAUGAGGGUGACUACUGGCACAACUAUCGCACCUGGGAAUAUACAGGAGGAAGGAAGAGUCACUAGCAUAAUUUCAGGGAGCCAAUCUACUAGAAGUAAAAUGGGUAUCACUGGGACAGGCUCUAGGACAUCCUCACCUGGAAGUUUCAAAACAGGCAAUAGCCUGGAAUCAGUAGGAGUCACCAGUAGCCAAGAAGGCACUGCUGUGAUAUCAAGCAAAAUUACUGGUGUCUCAGAAAGUUCCAGCCAAGUUACCUCCAAGGAAACAUCUGAAACAACCAGUGCUCCUGUAAUUUCUACCACAGUCACUGCUUCCACAGGAGUCAAGGAAACCUCUGGAACUGGAAUGCAAACAGGCUCCACCUCAGUGUCAAAUGGAAUCACAACAAGCCCCAAAGUGUCCUACCCAGAAACCACUGUAGUAGCAACAGGAGAUCAAGAAAAUGAAAAUAAAACAGGAUGUCCAGUAUCACUUCCACCGCCUCCAGUUUGUCAUGGUCCACUGGGAGAAAAGAAGUCUCCUGGAGACAUAUGGACUGCCAAUUGCCACAGAUGCACCUGUACAAAUGCAAAGACCAUAGACUGUAAACCCAAGGAGUGUCCUUCUCCACCCACAUGCAAAACUGAAGAGAGGCUUGUAAAGUUCAAAGCUAAUGAUACCUGUUGUGAAAUCGGGUACUGUGAACCAAGAACAUGUUUAUUUAAGAAUAUUGACUAUGCGGUUGGUGCUUCAUUUGGUGACCCCAGCAACCCAUGUGUCUCCUACUUCUGCCACAGCACAGGUUUCGUUGCGGUGGUACAAGACUGCCCAAAGCAGACUUGGUGUGCAGAAGUAACCAGAGUCUAUGAUUCAAAUAACUGCUGCUAUACAUGUAAAACUAAUUGCAGAUCUUCACCUGUGAAUGUGACUGUUAACUACAAUGGUUGCAAGAAAAAAGUUGAGAUGGCAAGAUGCACAGGGGAAUGCAAAAAGACUCUCAGGUAUGAUUAUAAUAAAUUUCAGUUGAAAAAUUCAUGCCUUUGCUGCCAAGAAGAAAACUACGAGUUCAGAGAAAUUGUUCUUGACUGUCCUGAUGGCGAUACAAUACCUUACAGAUACAGGCACAUCACGACGUGUUCCUGCUUAGACAUGUGCCAACAAUCUAUGACCUCAACAGUCAGUUAAUAGUAAAUAGCAUUACCUUUCCAGUUGUAACA